UGUCAUUCGUAAUUUGGGAAGCUUGAAGCACGAUGGGGAACUGCUAUCCUCAUUUAUAGAAUGACAGAACAAUUUGGAUAAAUGGCGAUUUUCAAAAGGAAACUGUACCAGCUAUGUUUUCUGUUUUUUGUUUUGUUUAUUCCACUAUCAGGUGUUUUUUGUUUCAGUGAACUCUCCUUCAUCAUCGAGCCCAGUGAUAUUACAGUGAUAUCCAAGGAUCCAGUGGUCCUGGACUGUGUGGCCCACGGACAGCCUCCCAUCGUCAUCAGAUGGCUGAGGAAUGGAGUCAGGCUAGCUGAGAGCGAGCGGCUUCAGUUCCUGUCCAACGGCUCACUGUACAUACUGGAGGCCAGGAGAGAUGGAGAAGGGUCGGACGGAGGGUUUUAUCAGUGCCUCUCCCAGAACAAAUAUGGAGCCAUCCUAAGCCAAAGAUCCCGCCUGACUAUCGCAAAUAUCUCACCAUUCGUUGUGCAGCCCGUACCUUUGGAGGUGACCGAAGGUUCCGUGGCCAGGUUCACCUGCCAGGUGACCUCUAACCCUCCUGCCACCAUCACCUGGGAGCUAGACCAAAGCACACUACCGUUGGAGACAGACAGAAUCACAGUCCUGCCCAACGGAGCUCUCCAGAUUCAAAACGUGCAACUAGAGGAUGCUGGGAAGUACCGUUGUGUGGCCACCAACAUCGGCAACCGCGUCAAGAGUAGAAAGGCAACGCUCUCCGUCAUCAACCAAGGUUCUGGCCCUAAACCGCGUCAGAGGCCCCGGAUCAUAGCGGGCCCCCAAAACAUGACUGCUUCCCUCCACUACACCGUGGUCCUGGAGUGUGUUGCUACGGGCAACCCCAGACCCAUCAUCUCGUGGAGCCGGGCCGACAGUAAACCCAUCGACGUGUUCAAUGCCAGGGUGCUGGGCAGUGGAAACCUGGUGAUCAGUGAUGUGAAGCCUCAGCACAGUGGAGUCUACCUCUGUAGAGCCACCACCCCAAGAACACGCAACUACACCAUCGCUACUGCCAACCUCACCGUGCUCGAGCCCCCAUCACUGGUGGAGAGACCCGAGAGCCAGACCCGCCCCAGGGCUGGCACUGCCCGCUUCGUGUGCCAGGCUCAGGGGGUGCCCCCGCCACGCAUCACCUGGCUGAAGAACGGAGAGGAGGUGCACCUGAACGGCAGGAUCAAGAUGUACAACAGUAAACUGGUGAUCACUCAGAUCACAACGGAGGAUGAUGCCAUCUACCAGUGUGUGGCGGAGAACGAACAGGGCAGUGUUCUGUCCCUGGCACGCCUCAUCGUGGUGAUGUCUGAGGACCGGCCCAGCGCUCCCAGGAACAUCCACGCUGAAACCAUCUCCUCCUCAGCCAUCCUACUGGCCUGGGAGAGACCCAUCUACAACGCUGACAAAGUCAUCGCUUAUUCUGUUCACUACAUGAAGGCUGAAGGACUAAACAAUGAGGAAUACCAGGUGGUGAUUGGCAACGACACGACCAGCUACAUUAUAGAUGACCUGGAGCCAGCCUGGAACUACUCUUUCUACAUGGUGGCCUAUAUGCCGAUGGGAGCUAGCCGUAUGUCUGACCAGGUCUGUCAACACACUCUGGAGGACGUGCCCCUGCGUACCCCAGAGCUCAGCCUGACCAGCCACAGCCCUACAGACAUCCAAGUUUUGUGGCAGCCUCUACCAACCAAACUGUCCCGUGGGCACAUCUGGGCCUAUCGUCUGUCCUACCGUACAGCUGCAGACGCCACGGUUCUGUCUGUGGAGCUGGCCCAAAACAGCACCCAGUACCUCCUGGGAGACCUUCAGCCUGAUACCGGUAGAAUGGAAUGGAAUGAACCCUCCUCCUGGACCUCCCACUGCACCCCUAAAACCUCCAGCAUCAAAGUGCCACCUGCCCCACUGCUGCAGCAACUGGAGCCUCUCAACUGCACCUCCAUCUUGGUUCGAUGGCAGCCAUCUCCAGGCUCCGUGGUCGUCCAGGGUUACCGGCUCUGUUACCAUGAGGGUCAACCAGAACAGCCCUGCAUCCAGCUCCAGCCUGAGGACACAGAAUAUACCAUCAGUGGUCUGGACCCAAGGCGGAAGUACCAGGUGAAACUGUUGGCAUUAAGCCUUGUAGGAGAUGGUUACCAGGCCGACCAGACUCUCAGCACCCCAGGAUGUGUGUCUGUACGAGAUCACCCGGUGGCCCAGCCUCCAGCCCCGGACCAUGUGAGUGCGGUGGCUAACAGCUCGUCGGCGGUGUACCUGCGUUGGAGCCGUCCUGCCUUCGCCUCUAGGAAGGUUGUUAUCUACACAGCUCGCUGUACACCUGUGGGCCUGAUGAACGUAUCAGCCAUACGCUACAUACAGACUACCAAUCAGAAUGUGGUGAUACAGGGUCUGGAACCCAACACACGCUAUGAGUUAGUGGUGCGUCUCCAUGCCGACCAGCUGUCCAGUCCCUGGAGUUCUGUUGUCCACCAGAGGACCCUUCCUGCAGCGCCCAGUCGUCCACCUGAAGGUGUGAGGGUGUCUCUGAUUGAGGACGGCACAGCCCUGCUUUCCUGGAGGGAACCAGAGGAGAACAACCUGGCAGUGACGCACUACACCAUCCUGUACGCCUCACAGAGGGCCUGGCUGGCCGGACACUGGCAAACACUGCAGAGGGAUGGAAGUAACACCAUGAUCCUGCUGGAGCGUCUGGAGCCUGGUAACGUCUACCUGGUGAAGAUAUCUGCCUCCAACCUGGUGGGAGACGGGCCCUUCUCUACCACUGUGGAGCUGGCCCUGGGGCCCGGGCCUAGACACAGAGGGAAGAGCCCCAGGCAUUCAGACAGCGGAUCCUCCUCAGACACUUCAGUGUUCUCUGAUGGCCAGUACCACAUGGACCAGAAGUCCAUGACAGGCCUCAUGGUGGGGGUCUGCAUCACUCUGGCUUGUAUUGUUGCCAUCUGUGCCCUCAUCCUCAUCAACAAAGGCAGAUCCAGGAAAUCGUCCAUCUGUAAGAUCAUGGACGUAGUGAACGGUGAGAGACCCCAUGGUCCACAUGCUGGUUUGGCCCUGGCCAAUGACCACCAGGCUGACAACAUAGAGGCCCUGAUGCCUGUGAUGGCACAACACUUCAUUGAUGCCAAGGGUGUUUCUAACCUGGUGAUUAGUAGAACAGGUCCAGUCAAUGGCAACAACCGCGGUAAGAGAUGGCAAUUCUUCAAGAGGGAGAGACGUAAUACAAAUACAAGCCAGGCUGAGAACAGAGUGUGUCUGUACGAGGCAGGGAAGACCGUGCUGUGUUACGAGGAAAAGGUAGACGCUCCGCCCCUCCAGCCUUCCAGCCUGCAGAUCCUGUUUGGACCACUAGGGGGCUUACAGGGCUCCAUGGGUAGCAGUCGGGGAAGCAGCUCUGGGACCACUGAGACCAGCGAAGGAAGCCACGAGACAGGAGACUCCGGUCACGAGAGUGAGAAUGAGUAACCCGUCCACAGUUAUGUUCGGGUCAGAGUUGGAUGACAGCUCAACUCCAGAGGAUGAAGAGUGUUUUAGAAGCGGAGGAAGAAGGAAAUCCUGGUUUUAAAGUGGAAUCUGAGGUGACGACACCAAGCCCAACCCUUACCAUCAUCACCAUCGCCUCCACCGGCCUGAUCAUGACACUGUCCAGCGGUCGUCACGUCCCUGUCCCCUCUCGGCUGAGGAAUUAUCCUGUCCAGGCCACCGUCCAGUCAGCAGGCUCCUCCUGACGAUAGACUACCCAGCCUGAAUGUGACUUAUCUACAGCUGAAGCUGCCCACUUCCCACCCCCCUUCUUGGCCUCCUGAAAACAGGUCUUUGGGCAUGGAACAUACGAGGAGUUAUGAAGAGGGAUCAGGAAGUUGAAGAUUGAGGAGGAAACAGGGGUUUUCUUCAGGUCUAAAUGAAUGUUGUCGUUUUCCUGUUUCAUUUUGAGCUCAUUUUCAGUCUGUCUGGUUUUCGUCUGUGUGUCUGUUUGGUCUUUAGGGCUGUUUUUUUUUUUUUACACAGAUCAAGCCUUGUCCUGGAUUGGUGAUAGGUAUGUUAUGGUAUCCUGAAAAGCAUGUUGAGUGAUAUUCGCCAUUCAAAGUGGCUUCUUUGUACAGGACCCGGCUUAAUCUGUGUCCAGGGGGAAAUGAGUACUUAAUGUCUGUUCUAAACCAAAGCUCACACCAAAAAUGAAUGUUCAAAAUAAUGUUAAAAAAAAAAUGUAUUGCUUUUGUGAAACAUUUUCUAAUAUGUUAAUAUAGAUUUAUUUCUUUCUCUGAAGUAGAGGGUGUAGUUGGUGACCCCUCAUUGCUGAUUGUCUACCUAUCAGUGACUCUGAUUUGUAUAUAGUGCUACCUCAUCUUAACGGUAUAUUGUGCAGUACUGUAUAUAGUACUACCUUAUCUUAACAGUAUAUUGUGCAAUAUUUCCCCAUAACUCAGGGAAUGAAGUUGAAAACAUUUAAAAGCCAUUUCUUCUUACCUGCAUUAAUAUCCUGCAGGAAUUAUUUAGGCUUAAUUUGUUUAGAAGAUUUGUGAAAAUUCCUUUUUAAUUAUUAGUUGUUUUUUACAAGGUUGGAAAAGCUUUUAAGUUUUGAAUGAUGAGUCUUUUCAAUAGAGUUCUACUAUUUAAGUGCAUUAGAUAUCAUCCUUCUCUAUUUGAGUAAGAUAAAGUAACCAAAAAUAAACAUUCAACUGGUAUUUCCAGUGCACCCGACCUUAAAAGCUUUAAAAUGACCUCAUAACGUAGAAAAGGGCUUUUGCAGAUGGUCGUAGAUAUAGAGAUCCAAAGAAAGAGUUGUUCGCCUAUAAGUAAACAAAACCUCAAACGCAACAACAACAAAUUCUACAUGCAAUAGGCAUACAGACUAUGCCAAAAUCAUGGGUUCCAUGUACAACCGUUUCCACAGAGUUCUACACGGAACUCAAAAGGGUUCUACACGGAACUCAAAAGGGUUCUACACGGAACUCAAAAGGGUUCUACCUGGAACUCAAAAAAAGGGUUCUACCUGGAACUCAAAAAAAGGGUUCUACCUGGAACUCAAAAGGGUUAACCUAUAAGGACAGCCAAAUAACCCUUUUGUGGAACCCUUUCUCCUAAGAGUGUAUGUCUAUUCCUCUUUUGAGUUGAAUGCAUUUCUUAUUGUACAUUUCAAGAGAAGUUUUAUACCUGGUUUAAAGCUUUAACUCUUUGUCUUUCAGACGAUUGUUCUCCGUUUGCAUUCUAUCUAAAUCACUGAUACUAAACGCAGCAGUGACGCAGAUGUCCCACUGAGCAAAAACUGAUUCAAUCAAUGUUGUUUCCACGUCAUUUCAACGUGAAAAACGGAUUGGAUUUGGAGAAAAAAGUCAUCACUGUAAAGAGAAUUUUAAUAUUUUUUCAGCUUUUAACCGAAGUUCAAUGACAUGGCAACAUUUUUUUGUUUGUUGAUUUCAUGUUAGUUGACAACUCAACCAGAUGUAAUUCAAAACUAGACGUUGAACUGACGUCUGUGCCCAGUGGGGUGCUAUCAGAUGCCUUCUAUCUAGAUCAUUGAUGCUAAAAUCAUCGGUGACACAGAUGUGCUAUUAGAUGCCAAAGAGUCCUUCAGAUAGAUCAGAUGGGAGGACUUCAGAUUGAUCCUUGGAAUGAUGUCAUUUGAAGACAGGGUUGGGAUCUGUUCCAUUUCAAAUGUCAAUUAUGGGAGUAAAUUGACAUUCCAAUUCCAAUGCCUUUUCAAUGAGCAAAGUUGGCAUUUAGAAUUUUUGUUGACUUCCAGAAUUGAUUGAAUUGGAAUGGAAUUGAGUACAACGCUGAUAGUAUUUGCUACUCACACAGGACCAAAGAAUCCAGUCAGUGUAUUAACAGUGAUAGUAGGUGGAUGUUUUUUUUUUUCGGGGGAUUUUUCAUCCAUCAACCAGAAUCUAACCUGGCAACUACGAUAUUCGGUAUUCUAACCUGGCUAUUACUAUAUUCUAUAUUUCAGUGUGACAAUACCACAAGGAUUGUGACUAUCAAAUCGAUAAUGACUGUGUGAAGAGCAACAUAAUCAAGUUUUAUAUCUUUGAAAAGCAAUUCAUCUUAACCAAAGAAUAAUUUAAAGUCAUCAUUGUUUAUUCAUUAGUUCUUUGGUUUAAAUUUUUUUUUUUACAUAACAGUAUUUGCAUAAUGUGAUAUGUUUCUAGGAUUUCGAUUCACUGGAAAGGGCAUUUUGUAGUCGAUUCUUUGUGGUGCCAAGUUCCAUUUUUUUUUUAGAGCAGCUUGAGAGGUCAAAAAAUUGUUCUGUUUAGUUGUCGAUAUGAUUGUUGUUCAAGAGAUUUCACCUUAAAGAACUUAAAAGUUAACUUUGGGACUUUUAAAACAUUUGUUAUUGUUUUUUUUCUUUUAGGAUAAUUUUAUUGAGUGUUAAACGUAUAUUUUUCAUAGAUGGAUAUAAGAAAAGAUUGGGCUAUUUUCCCUCUGUCUGUGUUCUCAAAGCCUGUGCCAGUGGCAGGUUAGUCAGUGAGCUUUUUUCCAUUUGCCAUUGCAGGACACCAAUUGAACAUUUUGAAAGUGUUGCUUAUUUGUAUUAUUUGGCUCUGUUUUUGUUAUAAAUUCCUGCUUUUGUAAUGCAUAUUUACCAGAUCAUUUUGUAUUUUUUUUCCUCUCAAUUGUUAAAACAAAGGUGUUUCUGUGUUACAAUGCACAAGCCAAACUGUUUGGUCCUGUCAAGAUUGUCUCAUCAUUUGAAUAAAACUGUUCCUGAAAAUCUA